CAGCCAACAGCUGCGAAAAAUUCUGACAAUUCAUUGACUUUCUUUCAUUAUUUUUCAUUGGAAAAAAUUUUAGCUCUGGGUUGAAAAUAUCUGUGUGAAUAUUGUAAAAUUGUGUUUUUUGUAUUAUUCACUACUACGCAGUUAAAAAAAGUUGCGGUCGUGGACCAAUAAUUUUAUAGAAUACAACUGGCAAGUGAUUGCAUCAAAUGAAUGUCGAUUCCUUCCAGCAGUCGCUAAAUCAAUCACUCCAAGCCCUCACAAUAAAAUUCGAACAAUUUGUGGGCGUGGCAGUGCAGACAGUGACUUUAAUACAACGAGAAUUCGCAGAGACAACACGUAACUGGAGUAGUCCUAUCGAGUUUACACCGUUGCAAGUGACGCUGUUAAAAGUACUGCUGCUGCUUCUACUGGGCACUGCAGGACUAAUCGCAUACUCGUGGCGUGUUUACGGCAAAGUAAUUACAGAGAAAUUCGUACGUCCAAGUACACUUAAGGAAAUUGAAGAGCUUAAAUUAUCAGUGGCAAAAUUAAAAUUACCUAAAGAACACUCACCACGAAUCUAGGG